AUGUCCAGCACGUUGACCACCACUUCUGCGGUUUUACCGCCAAUUCAGUUGAGAGUCAACUAUAAUGAGUGCAAAAAGAUUAUUUCUGACUUUAUACAAAAUUUCAAGGAUUCCAAUUUGUCUUCCAUGGCCGCUGGAAGUGAGAUUGAGGCAGAGAAUGAGUUGGAGCAAACACAUGAGGGGAAGUAUAUGAAUGUUCUUCAACGUGUAGCGAAUAGAAAGGAGUCUACCAUAUAUAUAGAGCUCGAGGAUUUACGUCGGUUCUUGCUUAAUUACGAUGCCCAGCUGCCUUCUUUGUUACAAGAGCUGCAGAAUUUAUUCCACACAAUAAUGAUCAACACUUUUCGAUUCAUUGAAAUAUUUAGUGAUGUGAUUGACAAAUUGAUGCCUCAACCUACCCAGAAUAUAAGCUAUCAAGAUGACGUGUUGGACGUUAUAUUAUCCCAGCGUAAAUUGAGAAAUCAAAGAUUGGAACAAGAUGCAAACGAAGAGUUUAGUUCUUUGAGAGAUGGGUUUACUCAACCAUUGGAUGAGUUUGGCGAGAGGGACCAAAUCGCUGACCCAACUGAUAUGAAUACCUUUCCAGCAAAAUUGACCAGAAGAUACUGUUUGUAUUUUAAACCAUUGGAUAAUGGCGGCAGCGCGGGAAAUUAUCCUGAAAAAACAUUGUCGGUAAGACAAGUUAAGGGAAAACAUGUUGGAAAUUACAUAACAGUCAGAGGGAUAGUUACUAGAGUAAGUGAUGUGAAGCCUAGUGUUUUGGUCAUUGCUUAUACAUGUGACAAAUGCGGUUAUGAAAUUUUCCAAGAGGUCAACCUGAGAGUGUUCACCCCAUUAACGACGUGUAAUUCACCAUCGUGUAUUUCAGAUAAUAACAAGGGCCAAUUAUUCAUGUCGACACGUGCUUCAAAAUUUUCUAGUUUUCAAGAGGUGAAGAUCCAGGAAAUGUCGAAUCAAGUGCCCGUGGGUCACAUUCCUCGACAAUUAUCCGUCCAUGUAAAUGGUGAUUUGGUCCGAUCAAUGAAUCCAGGUGAUACUGUUGAUGUAUCGGGGAUUUUUAUGCCCCGGCCAUAUACAGGAUUCAGGGCGUUAAAGGCAGGUUUGUUGACUGAGACCUAUUUAGAGGCACAAUAUGUUAAGCAACAUAAGAAACAGUAUGAAUUGAUGGAGUUGAAUGAUGAAACAGAAUCGAGGAUUAUGCAAUUGAGGUAUGAUCCAAAUGGAGGACACAGUGGUGGUGGUGGUAAUGUUUACGAGAAAUUGGCAAAAUCUAUUGCACCGGAAAUUUAUGGCCAUUUAGAUGUUAAAAAGAUUUUGUUAUUGUUAUUAUGCGGCGGUGUUUCCAAGGAGAUUGGUGAUGGUUUGAAAAUCAGGGGUGACAUAAAUGUAUGUCUUAUGGGAGAUCCCGGUGUUGCUAAGUCACAAUUACUAAAAGCUAUUAAUAAAAUUGCACCAAGGUCUGUAUAUACUACAGGUCGGGGCUCUUCAGGUGUUGGUUUGACCGCUGCAGUGAUGAGAGACCCAAUUACGGAUGAGAUGAUCUUGGAAGGAGGUGCUUUAGUCCUUGCUGAUAAUGGUAUUUGUUGUAUUGAUGAGUUUGAUAAAAUGGAAGAAAGUGAUCGUACUGCGAUUCAUGAAGUUAUGGAACAGCAAACCAUAUCUAUAUCAAAAGCAGGUAUUACGACUACAUUAAAUGCAAGAACUUCAAUAUUGGCUGCAGCUAAUCCUCUUUAUGGAAGGUACAAUACUAGACUAUCGCCUCAUGAAAACAUCAAUUUACCAGCUGCUUUACUUUCGAGAUUUGAUAUCAUGUUUCUUAUAUUGGACCAGCCAAAUCGAGAAAACGAUGAGAUGUUGGCACUGCAUGUUACUUAUGUGCACAUGCAUAACAAACAACCCGACGUCUCGAUUGAGAGCGCCAAUGGAGUAGAAGAAGAAUUUCACCCAAUAGAUUCGAAAACAAUUCGAGCAUAUAUUUCAAAGGCAAGGACUUACAGACCCGUUGUUCCUAAGGAUGUAGGAGACUAUGUCGUUCAAUCAUACAUCAACAUGAGGAAAGAGUCUAAAAGAAACGAAGAUCUGAUUAAGAAAUUCAGUCAUAUUACGCCAAGGACUUUAUUAGGUAUAUUGAGAUUAUCUCAAGCAUCAGCGAGAUUGAAAUUUGAAAACGUAGUUACUAUGGAAGAUGUCGACGAAGCAUUGAGAUUGAUUGAGGUUAGUAAAAGUUCACUUUAUUCCGAUGAAGAAGCGAUGAAUCAAAUUAGAGAUGAUGAAUCAACAACUUCAAAGAUUUUCCAAAUUAUCAAGUCUUUAGCGGUAAAUCCUACAAAUGGAAAAUUAAAGAGAUAUUUGAACAUGCCUGAUAUAAAGCAAAGGGUUAUUGCCAAGGGGUUCACUAUACAGCAAUUAGAUGACUGUAUGUUUGAAUAUGAUGGGGUUGGAUUAUGGCAAAUCAUAGAUAAUGGUGAAACUUUGAUGUUCACUAAUACCGAAGAGGAUGAAGAUAUCGAAGACGAGGAUAUGGAAUGA